GGUGGUACAUAAGAAAAAGAAGUUGAGAUGCACCUUGGUCUACCCUUCCGGCCGGCUCUUCAAUGUUUUCCAAACAUUCUACAUCAUCCUAGAGACCCCAUGGAAUCUCGCGCAUUUUCCAUUCCCACCUAAAAUAAGCACACCCUCAUCCCAAGAUUAUUAUCAAUGGCCUCUGUAAUUCACUGUACCCUUUCUCUUUCAAGCCGGAGUCCCGCAUCAUCAUCUCCAGUUUUAGCUUCAGCCCCUGUUAUCCCACCCCAUCUUACAUUAUUUUCCUCCGACGAUUUAAAGCUGAAAAGCCACCCUAUCAGAAGAAGCUUCGUACGCAGUCAUGGUGUUGAUGAAGUCACAUUCAUAGAUCCCCUCGGAAAUAGAGAAUCAAUAGCUGACCAUAUUGGGUCUUUGAAGCUCAAGCUCUUGAGUACAGUUUCAGGGCUAAAUAGAGGUCUAGCUGCUAGUGAUGACGAUCUAAGGAAAGCAGACGAUGUUGCCAAAGCACUGGAAGCUGCUGGAGGGCCUGUAGAUCUCCAAGCAGAUGCUGAUCUACUGCAAGGAAGAUGGAAAUUGAUUUAUAGCAGUGCUUUUUCAUCUCGUACUCUGGGUGGAAGCCGCCCUGGUCCCCCAAUAGGAAGACUUGCUCCCAUAAAUCUUGGUCAGGUUUUUCAAAGGAUUGAUGUCUUUAGUAGGGAUUUUGAUAACAUAGUCGAUCUCGAGUUGGGUGCCCCGUGGCCAUUCCCACCCCUUCAAGUGACCGCGACUUUGGCUCACAAAUUUGAACUUGUAGGAACAUCUAAGAUUAAGAUUGCAUUUGAGAAGACUAGAGUGAAGACAAGAGGAAGCCUAUCAUUACUACCAGCAUUGGAGGUGCCCAAACUACCGGACGUGAUCAGGCCAGCGUCCAAUAGAGGCAGCGGCGAGUUUAAUGUUGUAUAUGUCGAUUCGGAUAUGCGUGUGACAAGGGGUGACAGGGGUGAGCUCCGGGUGUUUGUUAUCUCAUAGAAUAUUAGAAUCUGGCAACAGUAAAGUGUAUAUAUUGUACUCCGUGUAAUGCAAGCCUGGAGAGUAUUGACUAUU